AUGAAGAUUAUCCUAAGCUUAUGUGGGAAACGGAACGUUGAUGAGACGCUCGAUUUUCUGCUGCGACGGGUAUCCGGCGACUUCCUUACGAUUAAAGACGACGACGACGACGACGAAUGCAAGGAGGAACCUGUUUCAAGUAGGAGCAGUGAAACCGACCACGAGGACGACCACGCGCACGACGGUUACGACGAUUACGACGAUCACCAGACGACGAUUAGUAAGCAGACGACGACGCCAAGCAAAAUGAAUUCAGGUGCAGUAAAUCUAAUGUUCGUGGAAGAAGCCAUACCGAAAUUCUGUGGCACCGACAAAACCUACUCUGUCUCAAGAUGGGCGCAGGAGAUUGAAGACAAUACUGAAAUAUUCGGAUUGACGUCAACACAGCAGCUUCUGAUUGCUAGAAGGUCGCUCACUGGCACGGCGGCAACGUGGCUACGAUCAGAAAAACCCUUCAAAACCUACGAUGACCUGAAAACGGCGCUAACCAGAGAAUUUCCAGACACCACGAACACUAAAGAGAUCCACGAAUUAAUGGCGAGUAGAAAGAAGAGGAAGGAUGAAAAGUGCUACGAUUACAUGCUUGACAUGAAAGCUAUUGGGAAAAAAGGCAAGCUGGCCGAUUAUGUUGCAAUCCAGUACAUAAUCGAAGGUAUAGUAGAUUCAGAGUCGAACAAAAUCAUGCUAUACGGAGUCAAGACGUACUCAGAGCUGAAAGAGAAGCUACAGCUGUACGAAGCCUUCAAGGAGAAGUCUCGAAACAAUUACGCGGCAAAUAGACGUCAAGAAGAGCGAAAUAGGAACGCAACACCAAGAAGAGGGCCGAGUGUACGCUGUUUCAACUGUGGCGAGUGGGAUCAUACAUCGAGUGCGUGUCCUCAUCGUUCAAAAGGACUCAAGUGUUUCCGUUGUAAUUCGUACGGACAUAUUGCUGCGCAGUGCAAUAGCAACGACGUGAACAUAAGUGCAAGUGCCAAAGUUAAACGUCCGGCAGGUGGCGCUGAUGACGGCGGAAACCGCAGCCAUCUUCGUGACGGUCGAGAAAUGUCGGCAAAGCAGUAUUGCGUAUCGACCAAUGGCGGCGCGGGCGCGAUUGUCUAUGACGGAAUGACAGCUACAAUGACAGAUGACAGGAAGAUGGCGUCUGGCACCCAAAAUUGUGUCGAUGUAAACAACAAUUUAAAGACUCUAGUUAUUCAAGGUUUAACUUUUAAAAGUUUGGUUGAUAGUGGUAGUGAUGUAAAUUUGAUAACAUGUAAAGUAUUUUUCACUUUAGGAAUUACGAAGUUUACCCAAGAAAAUGUAAUGUUUACUGGGCUCGGAAAGAAACAAGUCAGACAGGAAGUUGAUGAUUUGGUAAACAGUUAUGUCCCAGUGCAAUCCAAGGAGGCACCCAUCGAGAUGAAGAUCAUACUUAAGGACGACAUUCCAGUUGCUCAGCGACCGAGACGAUUAUCUGUGAUGGAGACCAAGGAAGUGGACAACCAAAUAGGUGAGUGGCUCAACGAUGGGAUAAUAAGACCUAGUUUUUCAGAAUAUGCUAGCCCGCUUGUUUUGGUAAAGAAGAAAGAUAGUGGGAUUAAAGCCGUAGCUAACUACCCCGAACCAAAGACGCUGAAACAAUUGCAUUCUUUUAUAGGACUUACCUCUUAUUUCAGAAAGUACAUCGAGAACUUCGCAUUAAUUGCUGCACCACUGACGACGUUACUCCGGAAAGACCAACAUUUUGCAUUUACUGAAAAGGAAAGAGAAGCAUUUCAUAUCUUGAAACAAAAGUUGUGUAAGAAGCCAGUACUGAAGAUCUACAACCCAGAAGCACCAACAGAACUGCAUACAGAUGCAUCAAUGCAUGCAUAUGCAGCCAUACUAAUGCAACUAUGCCCAAACGACGGAAAGAUGCAUCCAGUUUAUUAUUCCAGCUGCAAGACUACUGACAGUGAGAAGAAGUACACCAGUUACGAGUUGGAAGCAUUGGCAGUUGUUCAAGGAGUGAAGAAGUUCCGCAAAUACUUGCUUGGGAUUCCCUUCAAGAUUGUCACCGACUGCGCUGCUUUCGAGAUGACCCUAAAGAAGAAAGAUCUGGUCACUAGAGUCGCGCGCUGGGUACUGCUGCUACAAGAGUAUGAUUACACAGUGGAGCACCGACCUGGAACUAAAAUGAGGCAUGUGGACGCAUUGAGUAGAGUGCAGUACUUCACAGGAAUGAUAACAAGACAACUACACGAGCGAAUCAAGAGAGCACAAGAAAAUGAUGAAGGGCUGAAGGCCAUCAUUGAAGUAUCGAAGAAGGAACCUUACUUAGACUAUUUUAUAGAGAAUGACUUACUCUAUAAAACUCAACAAAAGCUGCUAGUUAUACCAAAAGAUAUGGAAACUGAAAUUAUCAGCAAAGCACAUAGUAUUGGACAUUUUGGCAAAAGAAAGAUGAUUGAUUACAUAAGCAAAGACUACUACAUAAAAGACUUGACAAAAAAGAUAGAAGACUUUAUUUUAACUUGCAUACCAUGCAUUUUAGCUACGAAGAAGGAAGGUAAACAAGAAGGUUUCCUUAAUCCUAUCCACAAAGAAGGUAUACCAUUGUCUACAUUGCACAUAGAUCACAUAGGACCGUUCACUGAAACAAAGAAGCAGUACAACUACAUUUUGACAGUCAUCGACGGUUUCACGAAGUUUGUAUGGAUCUAUCCUGUAAAAAGUACGACAACAAAAGAAACUUUAGACAAGCUCAAGAUUCACCAGCAAUGUUUUGGCAACCCCUCGAGAAUUAUAAGCGACAGAGGUACCGCCUUUACGAGCAAUGACUUCAAGGACUACUGUGACGCAGAGAACAUUCAACAUGUGACCAUCACAACAGGAGUUCCACGAGGAAAUGGGCAAGUAGAGAGGGUACAUCGAGUAAUUGUGUCUGUACUUACCAAACUGUGCAUUGAAGAGCCAGGGCAUUGGUACAAGCAUGUUAGUAAGUUGCAAAGAGCAUUGAACUGUACUUACCAGAGAAGUAUUUCCACCACCCCAUUUGAACUGAUGAUUGGCACGAAAAUGAAGAUGAAAGAAGAUGCACAGAUAAUAGAAUUGUUGGAAAAAGAAAAUCAUGAAGAAUUUAUCAAGCAAAGAGAAGACUUAAGAGAUGCUGCGAAGAUACAAAUUUUGAAAAUUCAGGAAGAAAAUAUGCGAAGCUACAAUAGAAAGAGGAAGCAGAGCAAGAAGUAUCAGGUAUCUUUUUGA